AUGGAGGCUGCGGUCGGGGCCGCGGGGCCGGAUUUCGACCGUGACGCGGCCGAGCAGGAGGCGCAACUCGACCCGCUGUCUCUGCAAGUGUUCGAGGACGAGCGUUUCGAUGCGGCCGCGUGGCUGAACGGCUACCUGCGCGACGUGACGCACAAGGACGCGGCAGUCGAGGCGCUCACCGGCCUCGAGACGAAGCUGCAGCUCGUCGUCGAGGACGUGGAGGGUAGCCUCGAGCGUCUGUGGGAGAAAUCCACGGCCAGCCUCGAGGCCGUGACCCAGGAGGUCGCGGGAGUGACGGGCGACGUCAGCGCGCUCCUCGGCAACGCCCAGCGCGCCAAGGCCGCCAUGGCCGAGAUCGCGAACACCGGCCGCUCGCUCACGCACGAGCUCGAAGACGUCUCGCUCGUGCGCGACCGCAUGGAGUCCACGCGCGAGACCCUCGCCGAGGCCGCGAGCGUCGGCAAGCUCUUUCCGGAGGCGUCCGCGGCCCUCCAGCGCGGCGACCUCCCCCGCGCCGCCACCAUCUUGGCCUCCGUGCGCCGCUCCGUGGCGAUCGUGCGGUCCGUUCCGGGCAUCGCGUCGCGCGAGGAGCAGCUGCGGUCCCUCGAGACCCGCCUGCAGUCCCUCGUGGAGUCGUCGCUCGGGCAGGCCGUGCGGUCUCGUGAUGCGGGACAGGCGCGAACGCUGCUGGGGCUGCUCGAAGGGCUGUCGCGCGCCGACGCGCUGACGCAGCUGUACCUGCGCGCCGCGACGCCUGCGCUCCAGGCGCUGUGGGGGCAGGGCAAUCCCGCGGAGUCCGGCUUCGCGACCUGGCUCGAGGGCUUCUUCACGCGCGUCGCUGGGUACGCGUCGGACGAGCUGGAGUGGCUGCGGCUGGUGGCGCCUGCGAAGGCCGCUGAGCUGCUGGCGGCGCUGCUGUCGAGCUUUGUGCGGGCGCAGCAGGGCGCGCUGUCGUCGCGGCUGCGGAGCGCGCUCGGCGCGGCGCAGGGCGGCGCGGCGGCGUCCGGGGCGCUCGCGACGCUCCAGGGGGCAGUCAAGGCGUGCGGCGGGUUUCUAGUCGAGAUUGAGGGUCUCCUGGUGGGCGCGGGGGACAGCGGGCGUGUGGGCAUCCCCCGGGCGCAGUUCCUCGCGCUCGCGCUCGAUGCGACGCUGCCCGUCGCGCGCGCGGUCCACGAUUACGGCAAGAUGCAGCAGGAGUGGUUGGCGGGGAAGUUCGCGGCGGCAGAGGGCGAGCUGGGGCUCGAGGCGGCGCGGAGGGACUUUGGCGCUGCGGUCGGGGCGCUGGAGGAGGCCGCGCCGGUGCUUGAGUCCAGUCUCCGGGAAGCGGUCGACACGUGCGCGGCGCUGACAGCGGGUUCGGAGUCCCCGGGGCUGUCGACCGCCGUCGACAACACCGCGCCGGCGUUCCUCUCGAAGCUCGCCGCCGCGCUGCGCGCCUCGGCCGCGCGCGCAGCCGCGACCUCGGACGCUGCGGGCGCCGCCGUGCGCGCCAUCCGCGCCGCGCACGCUCUCGCCGCCGUCGUGCGCGGCGCGGAGAGCCACGCGCGCGUGACGUGCGCCUCGCGCCUCGGCGACGUCCUGGAGACGCCGAGCGGCGCCGCGCCGCCGGAGGGCACCGAGUUGCUGCACGUGAGCGUGUGCAGCAGCCCUAAGACGGAGGCGCGUUUGGAGGGGGUGCUGGCAAACAUGCGUUCGAGCUCUGCACAGGCCAUGUUCGGGAGCACGCUGCAGGCCCUCAAGGACGUCGACGGCGCGGUGGAGGAGUGCGUGCGCGGCGUCGCGCUCAACGGCGUCGCGAAGGCCGUCAGCGGCGUCGCAGCGCUCCCCUGCUGGACCGAGGACACGCGCACCGCCGGCAGCGCCCCCACGCCUUCCUUCUCCGCAUACCCGCAGCUCUUCGCGACCACCGUCGGCGAGCACCUCAUGGCCCUCCCCGCGCUCCUCGAGCCCCUCGCCGAGGGCGCAGACGACGCCGACGCCGCGAACGGCGACGAUGCGCCGCAGGACUUUGAUGCAGAGCGCUGGCUGGACGCGCUGGGAUCGAGCGCGGCGGACGUGGUCAUCCAGGCGCUCGCAGGCGUGCCGCGGCUGUCGGACGCCGGGGCGGCGCAGAUGGCGGCGGACUUGGAGUACGUCGGCAACGUGUUGAGCGCGCUUGGGGUGGCAGCGCCGCCGUCGCUUCAGGCGUGGGGUGCGGCGCUAGGGGAGGUGCGCGGCGGCGCGGCGAAGGUGCGGGCGGCCGUGCAGCCGAUGGGUGCUGCGGGCGAGGCGGCGGCGAGCGCGAUUCUGCGCAUGCGCGGACAGUGA